GUGUGUACGUAGCUCGUUGGAACUGUAGUACUGUGUAAUAACUAUCGGUAUUUUAGUAUUAUUUGUUUAAAAUGAGUUCGUGGGUGCAAUACAUCAAAACCAUCCCCACGCAUAUGGACUAUGAUGGCCAGGCACGGGUAGAAAAUUUGUCACGAGUCAUUAUAACGUUAUUUGGAGUAGUUGGAUUAAUAUGGGGAUACGUUAUUCAACAAUUUUCACAGACAAUUUACAUACUUGGUGCUGGAUUUGUAAUGGCUGCUUUGAUCACAGUACCACCAUGGCCCAUGUACCGCCGUAAACCUUUGGACUGGCAAAAACCACAGCCUGAUGUCAAUGUUAAAUCAAAGAAGAAGAAAUAGUUGAUUGCUAGUUAUA